AGAUUACAAAAAGGACGGCUUGUAUGUCUAAGUACUAGUCAGAUUGUUCUCUGUUGUUUUUCAGAAAACCAAGAACUGAAAAAUCAUGGCUGGGAAGCCCAAACUAUAUUACUUCAAUGGAAGAGGCAGAAUGGAAUCAGUGCGCUGGCUUUUGGCAGCUGCUGGUGUAGAGUAUGAAGAAAAGCUUUUCAAAACAGCUGAAGAAUUUGAGAAUUUAGUUAAGGGUGGAAAACUCAUGUAUCAACAAGUGCCAAUGAUUGAAAUGGAUGGAAUGUGCAUAGUGCAAACCAGAGCCAUCCUGAAAUAUAUAGCAGCAAAAUAUGACUUGUAUGGGAAGGACCUGAAGGAGAGAGCAUUUAUUGACAUGUAUGUGGAAGGGAUGAGGGAUCUGAAUGACAUGAUUAUGUUCUUCCCAUUUUCUUUGCCUGAAGAAAAGCAAAAGAAUCUCAGCUACAUCCUCGAGAGAGCCACCGAAAGAUUCUUUCCAGUAUAUGAGAAGGCAUUAAAAGAUCAUGGGAAAAAUUAUCUUGUUGGCAACCAGUUGAGCUGGGCAGAUAUACAGCUGCUUGAAAUCAUCUUAAUGGUUGAAGAAAUCAAGUCUGAUGUUCUCUCUGGAUUCCCUAAGCUUCAGGAGUUCAAAGCUAGAAUCAGCAAACUCCCCAGGAUUCAGAAAUUCCUUCAGCCUGGUAGUCAAAGAAAGCCGCCAAUAGAUGAGAAAGAGUUUGAAGCUGCAAAGAAAAUAUUCAAGAUUGAUAAAGAUUUGUUUCUUAAACACAUGAGCUGAAUAUUCUCAAGUAAAGAAUUCUAAAGAACACAAUUAAUACUUUAGUUUCCAUCUAUAGUCAUGCCCAUAGAAAUAUUAAGAUAUGCAUCUGUCACAUUCCUAGGUUCAAUAACUAGCAAAUAUGAUUCCUUCCUAUAGAGCUAAAUGAAAAUCAGAAAAAAAAUUUUGCUUAUUAUAAAACUUCAUUUAAUUAGAACCUCACCUUACUCAGGGCUAUAGAAUCAUAGAUUAUCUUCUCAUUUUUAUUCAAAAUUUAAUAAACAGCUAAAUUUAAAGCCAGAAGAAAUCAUAGAGAUUGUUGAGCAUUCUCCCUGCCCCAACCCAUCAGAGUGCUUUUUAUUGGAACAGAAAUUGAAGCCCAGAGUUAAUAAAAUGAUUUACUCCAAGUCACACAAAUGGUAAAUGAUAGAACAAGGAAUUCAAACUCAGGUCAACUAUAAAAUGUGGAUAAUAAUAGCAUUUACCUCCCAGGAUUAUUGUGAAGAUUAAAUGAAAAACAAUUGAUUAAGUACCUGGAACAAGAUGCUCGAGAAAUGCUUGUCCCCUUCUCUGAUCUCUACCCCUCUUUUCAUUCCAAGUAUUCCACUAUAAUGAUACUUCCCCUCCAAUUAAUCCAACAUUUUCUGCAUUCUACUUUUGGGGGAAAGUUACAAAUCAUGAGUAUAUAAGAUAAUAAAAUUUAUUUUAAAAAUUAUCUGAUGAUUGAUUAGGUUCAAUAUAGAUUUGAAUGUUUAAUACUUGUCCUUAAGGACUCUCCACAAAAGAAAAAAAUAUUCAGUUAUAUUCACUCGACAGGAUUUAGGCAGGAAAGUAAUCUGAUAAUAUUUUUUAAAGAUUUUCAAUUUUUAAAAAAAUGUUACUCUAUUAAAUAGAAAUUUCAAUGAAAGAA